AUGUCAAUUGUGCCAUACAAUUCUAACAAUGAAAUUGUAUACCAUGACCCCACGCUGAGUGUCAUGGUCAUCCACAAUAACCAGGAAAAUACCAUCCAGCUUGUGUUGUCAGGUUCUGGUUCUGAUAGGUAUUCACAUCUUUACAACGCUCAGAAUAACGACAAUUCCGAUGUUGACCGAUGCCCCAACUGUGGAAUCGUAUUGGCAGAAUUCCAGGAUAAACGUGGUGAAUUCAAAAGGCUGACAAGCAGCAGCCUGAUUCCCCGAAGAAGAGGCUCCGAUACUCGGUUUGAUUCAAGGUUUCCAGAAUCUUCCAGGUUUGCGGAAACAAGACUGGAUAGACGGCUGGAUCGGCUCCCAGAUAGUCGAUUAGAUGAUCGAUUGCCUGCGGAAAUCAAGGCAUUGGUGCCCUCAGGCUUCAUGCAUCAGAAUUACUUCAAAUUGUUGGGAAACCUCAACUUCGAGCCUAACGUCAUCGGCCUGCUGGAAACAGACACGCUACCCAGCGAUAUUUUCAAUCAAGGGUACUUUGAUCGGUUUUUCCGGAAAGUUCCCCCAGGAAUUUUGGGUAGUGGUGCCCAUGCUCAGGUAUACAAGGUGAUCCACAUGUUGAAGAACAUCCAGUUGGGAGUCUAUGCGGUGAAACGCAUCAAUGUGGGCGAUCAUUCACAUUUUUUGGACCAGGUGUUGAAUGAGGUGGUGAUUUUGUAUGAAUUGUCAGCGGAGGGUGCCAACGAGAACAACUUGAUCCGCUAUAAUCAUGUGUGGAUGGAAAUGGGAGACUUGAAGGAUCUGAACACCAUCUAUCUCAAUAAGGAUGGCAAUGUUUCCACGGAGAACGAGAGGAUCCCCUAUGUGUUCAUUCUACAACAGUAUUGCGACGGUGGACACUUGGAGAACUUGAUUGUGGACAAUUUCCAGCGGGAGCAAUUCAUGUCACCUAAAGAGAGAGUGGAGAUGGAGCGUCAAAGAAGAAGAAGCCAAAAACUACAUCAAAACGACCCACAGAGCCUUCCAAGCAAGAAAUGGCUCAGCGAUUUUGAAGUAUGGAAGUUUUUCCGUGACAUUAGUAACGGUGUGAACUACUUGCAUUCAAAAGGCAUUCUACAUCGAGACUUGAAGCCUUCCAACUGCUUGCUUGAGUCUAAGUACCUUUUUGAAGCUGACUCUCCGGGUACUUUUAGAAACAUUGCUGAAUUAGAAGAUAUGGUUCAUAGGCUCCCGAGGGUGCUCGUUUCGGACUUUGGAGAAGGCAAAUUCAUUGAUAAACAACACUUGGCCGAUGUCACGUUACAAGUGGAUGAUGAGAGACGAGGAAAUACUGGAACUAUUGAGUUCACAGAUCCAAAGUUGUGGGUUUAUGCUCGCUACGAAGGCAGUGGUCACGAACGCAAAUUUGCCUAUGAAUUCACCAAAGUUAGUGACAUCUACUCUCUCGGCAUCAUUCUCUGUUAUUUGUGUGUUGGAGAAUUACCAUUCGCAGGGCAUAUAACAGAUAGAACUGAUCCAGAGAAAAUUAGAGGUGAUAUAGCACGUUGGCAUGACCGAUUAUCCCUAGAGAACUUCCAUACAUGGUUUGAGGAAAAAUACGUUCAAGUUAGAGGUACAUCUUCGGAAUGCAUGGAGGAUUUUGAAUUUUUGAUUUAUCAUAUGGUCAAGGCAGAUGAGGACAAAGAGUUGUUAACGUCAAAUGCUAUUAUGGAGUACUUAGAAUCCAUGAAGUGGAGUGCUUUUAUUCGAGAGGGAAGGAAGCUAUCGGAAGCCACCAUCACGGAAAUGCCGAAAAGGAGCGACGAUAAUGAAUCUGAGAUCGAGGAUGAUACUAUUGAUUUAAGGGAAACUCAAAAUUUUGUCAGCGAACCCAGAAAUCAACCUUCCAAACUAUAUGAGAUGUUGCUUCCAAAAAAUACAAGAAACGUUGUCAUUGUUUCAGCCUACAUAUCCAAUCUUGCCAUUCUAGAGAGAUUAGUUCCAGUCCAGGAAUACCAGUUGGUAACUGCAGCCAAAGUAUUUAAUCUCUUAGGAUUGUGUAGCGAGGUGUUUACUGGCGGUAGCUUAUGGCAGAACUACGUCGGGGUCUUAUGUGUGGUUGUGACACACUAUGUUGUGUACCUUUUCUGGGUCUGA